ACCUCUCACCUCUCACCUCUUUCGUUAUUUCGAAUUUGUCUUUUUUUUUUUUUUUUGUUUUUUGUUUGGGGCAUUGGAAGCAAUAUAUCGCGAAGCUCUCGAUCUAGGGUUUUCCAAAUCGAUUUUGGUAGUUUUUUUUUUUCUUCCUCUCUACUCAGUCGAGGGUUUUUCUAGGGUUUCGAUUUAGCUUUCUUCCCCCCAAUUGCCGUUGAGGAAGAUAUCUCUCACUCGGUGAUUUUGAAUUUGAUUUUUGAUCUGAGGGAGAGAAGGAAGGAAACUUAGACCAAUUUGCGAAUUUGAUUUUGGUAAGUAUACGUUGUGCAAUUCAUACGAAUACCAUCAUCGGGUUGAUUUGGUAAUCGCAUCUUUGUGAUUCUUUUAUUCGGCGAAUUGUGGUAUUGGCUCGAUAGCAAGGAGGGUUGAUUGGUUACUGCAAAUUUCAUUGAACCUCGCCAAAGGGGUUACCAAUAGAUUCAUUGUUGAAGCAGAAGCAAGAAAAGCAUACUUUGCUUGAUUUUUUUUUUUUUGAAGUUAGUUCUGUAUUCUCUAAUUCGAGUCUUUAAAAUCCUGAAAUUUGAAUGGCUUAUAGUGAAUGAUGGGUAAAGCACGGAAACACCCUAGAGUUAAAUCAUCGGGAUUUGUUCCUGAUUACUUGCAAACGGCGGUUGAGCCUGAUGACUUUGCUUACUCAGGCAGAAUCGAUUCUCAGAUGAAACAUUUAGAGGAGACUCCUCCAUUGAAAAGGAGACGUUUUGGUUUGAAUGGAGAUAGCUAUGGUGUUCCUAAAGAGGUUUUCUCUUUGGCCAACUUGUCGAGGUCUGAGAGAAAGAAUUUAGUUCACAAGUUGAAGAUGGAGCUUCAACAGGUCAGGGACCUUAGUAAGAAGAUUGCAUGUUUCAGUUCAGACACUGUGCUUUUGUCACCAUACAACGAUAUUCAAAGCUGCAGUGAUGGCCCUAGGAGGAUGCCACCUGAAAACUUUGCUACAUUUCCUGGGUCACAGGGGAAAAAGCGUCCUGCUGUGCGCAUUGACAAGCAGCGGACUAAGAAAGGACCAUCUCGAUUGGAUGUCCCAACAAAUUCUACCCUUGCUUCAGUGAUGAAGGAGUGUGAAACGUUACUCAAUCGUUUGUGGUCACAUAAGUUGGGGUGGGCGUUUCGUACUCCAGUUGAUCCAGUUAUGUUGAAUAUUCCAGACUAUUUUACUGUGAUUAAGCAUCCAAUGGAUCUUGGAACGAUCCGGAGCAGGCUGCGUAAAGGUGAAUAUUCUAGUCCUCUGGACUUCGCAGCAGAUGUGCGUCUUACAUUUUCAAAUUCUAUAGCUUACAAUCCACCAGGGAAUCAGUAUCAUGCUAUGGCUCAAGGUAUCAGUAAAUAUUUUGAAUCGGGAUGGAAAAGUAUAGAGAAAAAAAUACCUGUGACAAAACCACCAGUCGUUCCAGUAACCAGUUCUGCUUCUCUAGACUCUGAAAUCCCUUUUGAAGUUGUACCAUUGAGAAAGAAAGCAGCUACAAUGAACGAGAACAAGCAGAGGGUGGCACCUGCUAAGUUGGUCAUGACAGAUGAUGAGAAGAAAAAAAUAAGCCAAGAUUUGGUGGCAUUAGAAGAAGAUUUCCCUCAAAACAUUGUUGAUCUCCUGAGAGAGCAAAGUGGCAAUGAUGGUCAAUCUGGAGAAGUUGAGAUUGAGAUUGAUAUAGAAUCGCUUUCUGAUGAAACCUUGUUCAAGGUUCGAAAACUCCUGGAUGACUAUUUAAGCGAGAAAAAGAAAUCGUUGGAAAAGAGUGAACCUUGUGAGAUAGAGAUCGUUCAUGACUCUGGAUUCAGUAAUUCCCCUCUGCAGCCUAGUAAAGGUGAUCUGCAAAUUGACGAGGAUGUUGACAUAGUUGGUGGGAAUGACCCCUCUGUUUCAAGCCAUCCUCCUCCUAAGAUAGAAAAAGAUGCUGCAUGUAGAAAUAAUGAAAGCAGCAGUUCGAGUAGCUCUAGUAGUGAAUCAGGCUCUUCAUCAAGUGAUUCUGGAUCUAGUAGUUCCUCUGGGAGUGAAACAGAUUCUAAUAAAGCUUCAAAACCUACAAGUAGAGAGGAUAAAAAGGAACCAGGAGUUGGUAUAAACAGAAAGGAGGACAAUUGCAACAGUGAGAAGAUAGUUGUAAAUGAUUCUUUGAAUGAAUUGGGUCAACUUGGGCAUGCUGGUGGGGAAAAGUCGACCGCCAUGGAUGCGCUAGUUGUUCCAGAUGAGGAAACAGCUCCACCUGAGAGGCAAAUUUCUCCAGAUAAGCGCUACCGCCAAGCUUUGUUGAAGAAUCGUUUUGCUGAUACCAUUAUGAAAGCUCGAGAGAAGGCUCUUACCAAGGGUGAAAAAGGUGAUCCUGAAAAAUUGAGGAUAGAAAGAGAAAAGUUUGAAAAAAGGCUAAGAGAAGAAAAAGUACGGUUACAAGCCGAGGCCAAAGCAGCUGAGGAGGUUAGGAGAAAAGCCAAAGCAGAAGCUGCAGAAAAAGUGAGGAGGGAAAGAGAGCAAGAAAGAGAAGCUGCACGUCAAGCUUUACAAAAGAUGGAAAAGACAGUGGAGAUAAACGAAGGUAUACGGUUUAUGGAAGACCUCCAGAUGUUUAGAGCUACAGGUUCCGAGGGUGAUCAAUUACCGACUUCCAUGGACGAGAUGAGUCCCAAGUGUAGUGAGGAUAUGUUGGGUAGUUUCAAGAUUGAAGGCAGUAAUCCAUUGGCACAUCUAGGUUUGUAUAUGAAAAUGGAUGAGGAUGAGGAUGAAGAAGAAGACCCGCCACACUUUAGCCAAAGAGAAGUAGAAGACCAUCUCACUGACAGAAGUGAAAAACAGGAACUUAGUCCUCACAGAGUAGAGAGAGAGGACCAACUUGUUAGCGGAAAUGAAGAACCGGUAAGCGAAAAGGUACAUGAUAAUAAGGGCCAAGAAGAUGAAAAACCCAUCAACCCAAAUGAAAGAGAAGAUCAAGUGGGGAAUGUGCCAGAACAAGAAAGUAGAGUCGUUGACAAGGAAGAGCAAGAAACUGACGAUGUCGACAUGAGAGAGCAGAAAAACGAAGUUGUUGACAUGGGAGUGGAAGAAGAACAUUCUUUUGAAAGAAGUCAAGGACGCACACUAAGUCCUGACAGAAAAGAGGGAGUGGACCAACUCGUUAGCGGAAAUGAAGAAUCGGUAAGCGAAAAGGUACAAGAUUAUGGUAACCAAAAAGAGGAAAAAUUCAUCAAUCAUAGCGAGAAAGAAGAAUUAGUGGAGAAUGUGCUAGAGCAAGAAAGUAGAGUUGAUGACAAGGGAGAUCGAGAAACUAAAGUUGUCGAGAUGGGAGAACAAGAAAAUGAAGUUGUUGACAAGGGAGUAGAAAAAGAACUUCGGCUUGACAGAAAAGAAGGACAAAUACUUAGUUCCCACAGAGGAGAGGUUGAGGACCAACUCGUUAGUGGAAAUGAAGAACUGGGAAGCCAGAAGACAGAUAAUGAGAAUGAAGAAUAUGAAAACCCCAUCAACCAAAAUGAAAGAGAACAAGUGGCGAAUGCGCCAGAGCAAGAAAGCAGAGUUACUGGAAAGGAAGAUCAAGAAACUGAAGUUGUCGACAUGGGAGAGCAGAAAAGCGAAGUUAUAGAAAAGGGGAUUGAAGAAAAUGAAGAUGUUGACACGGGAGUGCAAGGAAAUGAAGUUGUGGAGAAGGGACGGAAAGAAACUGAAGUUGUCGACAAUGGGGAGGAUGAUGAAACUGACCUUGUCGGAGAGCAGGAAACUGAUGUUGUCGACAAGGCAGCAGAGAAAGAAACUGACCUUGUGGACAAGGAAGAGGAAGAAACAGAAGAUGUGGACGUAGAAAUUGACUGAUAAUUCUUUUGAUCGGGUCUUGUUAAAAGCAACAAGAAGAAAAUAAAAAAAGUGGGGAAGGGGAUGUUGCGCGUUGAAUCCUUUAUAUAUCAUAUGUGAUGUGGCGUGGUGAAAUGGGCUAAAAGCAAGCAAAAGAAAGGGAAAGCCACAGACAUCUUAGAAGACUCUUCGUAUUGACAUCACUAUACAAGACAGAAGAUGAGUCUGUUUUGCCUAUUUUUCAACGUGACUCUGUUGACAAUGAUUCUUAGGCCAUGAAUGGUAAUUAGUUUUUAGAU